AUGCCGCCACAUUGGAAGGCGAAGUAGCACCACUUGACGAAGAUUCAGGUUUAUAAUUUCAAACAGCGCGUCUCAACCGAGUGUCAGAAGAUAUUAAUACUCCUGUAUAACACAACCUAAUGUUAUUUCGAAGGAUUGUUUAUUUAUAAAAGGACACUGCUCAAUGAUGAAUUAUGUAAAGCUCCAUUUUUAAACAGUGCAGUACAAAAUCAAAGAUGUUCCGCUGUUGUAUAUUUUGUGGUUAGACCGCACGAAAGUAAUAUACACGUCAACUCGUGUAACGCCUUGGGUCAUCGAGCGGAUUAAUCGAAAUUAUUAAGACGAAUUGCAAUGUCACAAGGAAAAGGAGGGAGAAGAGGCCGUGGGCACCAUAAUAAGGGCAAGAUCAAUCUCGGUGACAAGAGUAGAGAGAUAGUGGAGAACAUCGACGAGAACAAUCCGACAAUACAACAGUUUCGCGCUUACGCGACAGAGCUGGACGCCAAGCAUGACCGUUACGAAAGGAUUUUCAAGAUCAAUCGGGACGUGGGCAUCGAGAGCAAGAGAAUAAUCUUCUUUCUGCACACCAUCGAUAAGGAGAGCAAGCGAGGCUCCGUGCUGGACUCGGCCAAAGCGAGACUUGAUAAAGUGGCACAGAUGAUGUUCAGGGACAUCGCCAGCGAGCUGGAUGGUCAGGAUGCCUAUCAGUUUCACAGGGCCUAUCGCGCCGGCUUGGAGGAGUACGUCGAGGCGCUUACCUUCCACGAGUACCUGCAAAGUGGCGGCAUGCAAGAUUGGAGCAACCUGGAAAAGAUGUUGACGUAUCGCGCGACUCCGGCCGACUCGACCGCGCAAGAGGAAGUCACCGCCAAGACGACACGAGUGAUGAUGACGCCGACGGACUACAUCAUGGGAAUAGCUGAUCUGACUGGCGAAUUGACACGCAAGUGUAUCAACAGCUUGGCAAUAGGCGACAUAGCUAGUUGCUAUCAGACGUGCGACUUGGUCAGGAAGAUAUACGUCGGCUUCCUGGGCUACACGGGCUUGGUGUCCAGCAACGAGAUGAGCAAGAAGAUCCUCACGCUCAAGCAGAGUCUGACGAAGAUGGAGAACGCGUGCUACACCAUCAAGGUGCGCGGCUCGGAGAUCCCCAAGUACAUGCUGGCCGGCGCGGCCAUCGCGGCGGCUGAGAAGUACAUCGCCGAGGACGACGAGGGGUAUCAGGCGUAUUAAAGAAGGAAACACCUAUCGCGGAUUUUUCGUUAUAAUAGACUGUGUCAAUUGGACGCAAAAUAGAAACGGUUUAAUACCACUCUCUGUCGUAGAAUGUUUAUUCUACAACAUCAAUUAUAAUAUGUUAACAACAGUUUUUAUACUUCUCACGUUUAACGAAUAGAUGCAGGUACAUGUAAAUUUGAAUAGAAAAAUAAAUAUUUCGCAA